CUACAGUAAACUGCUCUGCUUGGAUCCCUCCCAGUUUAGGCAAAAGAUGGAGAAUGAAAGGCUUAAGAAAGUGCUGGAUUCACAGCUCAAAUAGACAAGAACAGCUCAAACAUUUCGAAGAGGAAAAGGUCAGAAAUCUUCAGCAGAUUCGUGAUCACAAGAAAGAGAAGUUAAAAAUGAACCAAGAGCGGAUCUUUAAUAACAAAAUGGCUCAGAUGAGGAGGCUCAAAAAUCUUAGCCAGAUGAUCAACAAGAAGCAGAAAAAGGCGACUAUUUAUAGGAACUCUUCCAAUCUGGUUGAUGAGAAGCAGCGCAGGGAUGCUCUUCGCACGCAGAGGCUUCAGAGAAACCUCAAGAUCCAAAAACAAAAGCAAAUGGACCUCAAGAUGAAAGUCUUGGAAAAAGAGAAAAUGGGGGAGUACAGACUUGCAAAAAGCAGACACGACAAAGCCAAGGCUAAGAAGGUCCUCAGCGAGUUGCUCUGGAUGAAGAAUAGGGAUAGAAACCAUUCAAACUCACUUGUAGGCUUGCUUACUCAAAGAAGACACACUAGGCACAGGUCAUUGCAUACUUUUGCUACUCCAUCCAACUCUUAG